AGGAAGGAGCUAGCGGAUUAGAGUCCUUGGUAAGGGGGUUUGUUAGAAGUCUGUCUUUGGCGGGGACUAGGGUUUUCCCGUGGUGACAGCAUCCGUGGUCUCCGGAACAUCAUGUCCUUAGAUUUUGGCAGUGUGGCACUGCAGACACAAAGUGAAGAUGAAGAGUAUGACAAAGAAGACUAUGAAAGGGAGAAAGAGUUGCAGCUGUUACUCACCGACCUGCCGCACGAUAUGCUGGAUGAUGACCUGUCCUCCCCCGAGCUCCACUAUUCCGACUGCAGCGAGGAUGGCACAGAGGGAGAACUACAUCGCUCUGAGCAAUUGGAGAUGAAUUGGCGUGAGCAUCAAGUGCUCCCUAAAUCUCAAAGUGUAAAUGACUAUAAUGAGAUUCGGGAUGUAUAUAUUGGAGAGAAAAGUGGCAACGGCUGGGAAGACAGUCAAAGUAAAAAUGACGACCAGCGUCCUGGCUGCCAUCCCAAAGAAGGUGAAGAUGAAUGUGGAAGUGGUUAUACUCCUCCAAGUAAUUAUGAACAGACAGAUUUAUAUCACCUUCCUGAAAACUUUAGGCCAUAUAUCAAUGGUCAGAAGCAGGAAUUUAAUAGUCAACCAACCAAUGUAAUUAAAUUUUCAGAUCCUCAAAGGAAUCAUUUCCAGCAAUAUGUUACAUCACAAGGUCCUAGUUGUCAAGCUUUGGAACCAUAUAUAGUGACAUAUAAACCUUAUCAGGCUUCUGCCCAGAAUAAUGACUCACCAGCCCAGGAGAUAGCAGGAAGUGACACAUUUGAAAGCCUGCAACAACAAUUUUUAGGAGCUAAUGAAAAUUCUGCAGAAAAUAUGCAGAUUAUCCAACUUCAGGUUCUUAACAAAGCAAAAGAGAGACAACUAGACAAUUUAGUUGAAAAGUUAAAUGAAAGUGAGCAUCAAAUUAGAUAUCUGAAUCACCAGCUUCUAAUAAUCAAAGAUGAAAAGGAUGGCUUGACCCUCAGCCUCCGAGAAUCACAGAAACUCUUUCAGAAUGGAAAAGAGAGAGAGAUACAGCUUGAAGCACAAAUAAAAGUGCUGGAGACCCAAAUACAAGCACUAAAAGUGAACGAAGAACAGAUGAUUAAGAAGUCUAGGACAACUGAAAUGGCUCUGGAGAGCCUGAAGCAGCAGCUGCUGGACCUCCGUCAUUCAGAAUCACUUCAGCGUGCUAGAGAGCAGCAUGAGAGCAUUGUGAUGGGCCUAACGAAGAAGCAUGAAGACCAAGUGUUGUCCUUACAAAGGAAAUUGGAUGCUACAGUUACUGCGCUUAAGGAACAGGAAGAUAUUUGUUGUCAUUUGAAAGAUCAAGUGAAAGAACUGGAAAGGAAUCAAGAAGCAACCAAAUUAGAAAAGACUGAGAUCAUUAACAGAUUGACGAGAAGUCUAGAAGAGAGUCAGAAGCAGUGUGCCAACUUCUUGCACUCAGGCUCCGUACAGGAGGUGGCUCAGCUACGGUUCCAGCUGCAGCAAGCACAAAAAGCACAUGCUAUGAGUGAAAACAUGAACAAGGCUUUGCAAGAAGAAUUAACAGAACUAAAAGAUGAAAUUUCUCUCUAUGAAUCUGCUGCAAAACUAGGAAUACUUCCAAGUGACUCAGAAGGAGAAUUAAAUAUAGAACUCACUGAAUCAUAUGUGGAUUUGGGUAUUAAAAAAGUCAACUGGAAAAAAUCCAAAGUGAAGAGCAUUGUACAGCAAGAAGAGCCAAAGGACGAGCUUUCCAAAGAUGAGGUCAUUCUGAAGCUGAAAGCAGAAGUGCAGCGUUUGCUGGGGAGCAACGCGGUGAAGCGUCAUCUGGUGUCUCAGUUACAAAAUGAUCUCAGAGACUGUCGUAAGAAAAUGGAAGCUCUCCAACAAGCAGAGAAAGAUGAAAAAAGCAUCACAGUUGAGACUAAAAUAGAGACCUCAGAAAACCUAACUAAUCAAUUAUGGCCUGGCUCUUCUACUUCUGAUACCAUUGUCAAAGAUGACAUUCUGCAACUUAAAAAUGAAAUUCACCUUUUACAGCAACAAAAUCAGGAACUUAAAAAAACUGAAGAAAAACUGAGAAAUACAAAUCAAGACUUAUGUAGUCAGAUGAGACAAAUGGUACAAGAUUUUGACCGUGAUAAACAGGAGGCUGUGGAUAGGUGUGAGAGGACUUACCAGCAGCACCAUGAAGCCAUGAAAGCCCAGAUACGGGAAAGCCUGUUAGCAAAGCAUGCUUUGGAGAAGCAGCAGCUCUUUGAAGUUUAUGAGGGGGCUCGCCUGCAACUUAGGUCUGACUUAGAUAAGACGAAUAAGGAGAUGGCUGCCGUGCAAGAAUGUUACCUGCAAGUGUGCAGAGAGAAGGAUGGUCUGGAGUUGGCUCUCAGGAAGACCACUGAAAAGGAGCAACAGGCUCAGGAGAAGAUCAAACAAGAACUUUUUCAACAGCUUGAAAAGGAGUGGCAGUCUAAGCUGGAUCAAACUAUAAAGGCCAUGAAAAAGAAGACCUCAGAUUGUUGCAGCCAAACUGACCAAGUAGCCACCAUGGAUGUUAUUUCCAAGAAAGAGAUGGCAAUUGUGAUAGAAGAACAGAAGCGGAAGAUCCGGCAAGAUUUAGAGCAAGAGAAGGAGACAGCUAUCAGUGGGGGCUUGAAGAAACUUGAGGUUGAGUUAGAACUCAAAUACUGUGAAAAUAUUGCCAAACAGGUAGAAACAGCUGUACAAAAUGCUCGUCAUCGAUGGCUGGAAGAAAUGCCUGACCUUGCAGAGUAUAAAGCACGUGUAAGAGCAGAACAGAAGAAGUGGGAAGAACAACAAGAAAUCACUGUGGCCAGACGGAUAUCAUUUGCUAUUUCUGAAGCUAAAGAGAAAUGGAAAAGCGAGCUUGAAAAUAUGAAGAAAAAUGGAAUACCUGGAAAAGAAUUGGAAGAGAAGAUUUAUUCUCUUCAGAGAGAGCUUGAGUUAAAGAACGAGGAAGUCCCUGUGGUUGUCAGGGCUGAGCUGGCGAAGGCCCGGAAUGAAUGGAACAAAGAAAAGCAAGAAGAAAUCCACAGAAUUCAAGAACAAAAUGAGCAAGAUUACCGGCAAUUUUUAGAUGAUCACCGAAAUAAAAUUAAUGAGGUGCUUGCGGCAGCUAAAGAAGACUUUGUGAAACAAAAAACUGAACUACUUCUUCAGAAGGAGACAGAAUUGCAAACAUGUCUAGACCAGAGUCGUAGAGAAUGGGCUACGCAGGAAGCCAGGCGGAUCCAACUGGAAAUCUAUCAGUAUGAGGAAGACAUCCUCACUGUACUUGAAUUUCUCUUGAAGGACACCCAAAAGGAACAUGUCAGUGGUUCAGAGAACAAGCAGCUCUUGGAACUCGUGUCAUCUUGUUCUUCAAAAUGGGUGUCUGCCCAAUAUUUUGAAAAACUAAAGGCCUGCAUACAGAAAGCCUUUCAAGAUAUCCUCUCCCUAGCUAUAGAAAAUGCCAACUCCGAGUGGGAAAAGAGAAAUAUGGCCAAGAUCUCUAAGGAUCCAGCCACAGAGGUCACUGGCAGAGGAGACCCUGGAGUCCUGGCAGUCCAUCCUGCACCUACUUUUGGAUGCUGUGCUCAGGCCUUGGCCUUGCAAAAAACAGAAGCAGAAGCUGAUAAGAAAAAGAUCCUUGAAAUUAAAGAUUCAUCCUGUGGACACUGCUUCCAAGAACUUGAAAAGGCAAAGCAGGAAUGUCAAGAUCUGGAAAGAAAACUGGAGAAAUGCUGUAGGCAUCUUCAGCAUUUAGAAAGAAAGCACAAAGCUGUAGUGGAAAAAAUUGGAGAAGAGAAUACUAAAGUUGUUGAAGAAUUAAUAGAAGAAAACAAUGACGUGAAGAGUAAAUUGGAAGAACUGAGAACACUUUGUAAAACACCACCAAGGUCAUUGUCAGAAGGGGCCAUUGAAAAUGCUUGCCUGCUAUGCAAUGGGAGGGCCUUGGAAGAACUUCGUGGACAGUACAUUAAAGCUGUAAAAAAAAUUAAGCGUGAUAUGCUUCGUUAUAUUCAGGAGAGUAAGGAAAGAGCUGCGGAAAUGGUAAAAGCAGAGGUAUUGCGAGAACGUCAAGAAACCGCCCGAAAGAUGCGCAAAUAUUACUUGACUUGCCUCCAACAGAUUUUGCAGGAUAAUGGAAAACAGGAAGGGGCUGAGAAAAAGAUUAUGAAUGCUGCUAGCAAACUUGCUACAAUGGCAAAAUUGCUGGAAACGCCGAUUUCUAAUAAAUCCCAGAGCAAAACUACACAGUCAGUACUACCUCUGACUUCAGAGAUGCUGACUGGAGUUGAAAAAUCAAAAAGAAAUGAUGUGACUCAGAAUACAUCACGUCACACUGAAAGCAAAUCAAACAGUAUACAAACUAUCCCCAGAAGUAUGUGUGACCAAGUUCCUAAGAGAAGAGCUGCUUGUAACUUACGAAGACGAUUAGAGGACGCAGAGCAUGGGGACACAAAGCACAUGGGUUCCAAAGGGUCACACUCAGGCUUCCAGCUUGGGGAUAACAAUUUCAAACACCCAGACAUGUCGCCAAAAAAUGUUUCUCCUGAGUUUGUGCCUUGUGAAGGUGAAAAAGGCUUUGGUUUGCACAAGAAGAAAGACCUCAGUGAUAUUGGCUCUGAAUCACUUCAGCAUUCAGCCGCAUACCCCUUUCUUGGAUCCUUCGGAAAUAAACCCUCACCUAGAUAUACCCCUAGUCUUUCUGAAUCUGGAUCCACACAUACAACCUUUCGAGGUCCUAAUGAAAGACUUGGUUUAAAAGUGUGUAAGUGUAAUCCAUUAAUGGAAAGUGAAAAUGCUGCAUCUGAGAAAAGUCAAAGUUUGGGUGUUCGGGAAACUCUAGUAAAGGAUGGAGGGGACCUGGAUGACCCCAUAGGCUGGCAUUCCAACAGUGCCACUUUACCCUGCAACAGUCACGAAGUGUCAUUUUUAUACGGUAGACCACAAGAAACUCUGGAUAUACCAGCUGAAGCUGUUAAUUUCAAACAGUUUUCAGCAGCCAGUUGUCUUUCAGAUACAGAGAAAAAUAAAAUGAUUUGUCAACCAAAGAAAUGUGAGAGUGGUCACAUUUCAGACCUGUCAGAAGAAACCCUUUGUUCCCAGCCAGAGAUCGGUAUGACUCUUAGACACCCACCUCAUCAUAAGGCUGAUAUAUUAAAGCCAGAUUUCAAAAAACUGAGCAGUACAGUACCAUCAUAUGUGUGUCGGCAGCCUUCGAGAAAAUUAAUUGCUCCUCUAUCUAGCCAACAAGAUAGUGGCUUUGAUAGCCCAUUUGUCAAUCUAGACUAAUUGUUGUACAGUGUUUAAGAAAAAUCAUUAAUAUAUUGACAAGAAAGCUGGAAGGGAAGACUUCAUACUGAAAAAAUUGUGGACUCUCUAUUUUGACAAGUUUUAGUAACAUCUAUCAUAUGAGUAAAGUGUUCUCAUAAAAUUAUUUGAGAGAUUAAUGUUGCCUUAAUCUUCCAAAGGCCUGAUGGUGUAUGUGUAAUCUGCUUCUGUGUGGUGCUUUAUAUUUGGUUGCUAAACCAUCUAUUUUUAUACUUCUAAAUUAGCAUUCUGUGCAGUGUUAAAUUAUUUAAAUAAACUUGCAUAUUGCCUAUUGAA